CUGUACCCAUGGCUUCUGUGUUUUUAAAAAUGUUAGUCACAAAUGUGUCUCCAAGGAGCGUUUUUAUGUAGUUUCACUGCCGAUAUGCCACGGUACUGCGCUGUGAAAGUUUGUAAAAACCGCGGGGGAACUGCAUCAAGACAAGAUAGCAAGAGAAUUAGCUUCUAUCCGUUUCCCUUGCAAGACAAGUCCAGGCUUCAGAAAUGGGUUGACAACAUGAAGAGGGAGGAGUGGACCCCGAGUCGACAUCAGUACCUGUGCAGUGAGCAUUUUACAGAGGACUGCUUCGAUAUCCGAUGGGGCAUCCGCUACCUGAAGAGCACAGCCAUCCCGACCAUUUUCCCCUCUACUGAAGACGUUGAUGGAGAUAAAGUUACCACUAUUAAAAGAAGCCCCAAGGCCAAACCCAGGUCUUCAGACAUUGACUUUGAGCCUACAGGAUUUGUCUCUUCACUCAGUAAGAGGCCUCUCAUUUUGAGCAGAACAUGCAAAAAGUUCCAGUCAUGUACAACAGACGUUGUUACCAAACACACAGAGACAACAUUUGAAGCACUUCUGGUGUCGGACAUCAGUCAUUCAAAUCUCUCAGAGAUACAGACUAUUGCUUGUGAGACAACAGGUGACAGUGGAAUUCCAGCAGCAUCCUGUCUCGCAAUGUCCCCGUGCACCGAGCCCCGUUCUGAAGAACAGGCUGACCCGACCAUGACUGUGUUGUGCUGUGAGACAGUGGGCCCUUUCACAGAUGGAGUGGCAAAUGUGGAUGCAGCUGCCCUCCAAGCAGCACUGGGCCAGACUUUAAGCUUUGUCCCUGUGGAAAUGAUUGAGGAGAUACCGGCAGGCUGUUUUUCAGAAGAGCAGGGACCCGAUGAGGGAGAGAACAUUCCCAUUCAUGAGCACUCAUACUGCAAACCGGACACAGACGAGGAUCAGCUUUGGCGUAAGAUUUUGAGUUUGCAUGCAAAGAUCUUGGAACUGGAUCGCAAAGAGGAGAGCACUGUGGCCAAAAUCCGUGCUCUGGAAACUGAGAUAUCCCUUCUGAAGAGAGACAGUGCUGUUUUUAAAGAGAAGCAGAAAGUUUUAGAAGAUUAUAUAUCAUCCAUGUUGUAUCCAUGUAAGUAAUUACAAGCCAUGGACUUGAAAUGAGCACUUUUCUUCAACAACUGAGUCACUUUUGUUGAUAAGUUGCAUUUGCUCUUGUACAUAAAACACAGUAGCGCAAACUGUGUCUUCUAAAAGUGUUUUGGUAGUCUGUGUUCUGCAGCAUUGCUCCCAUAUUUCCAUAUGAUAAUAAAUCUGUUUUGGUCCACAUGGUGACACUGUUUGACCACCUUUACAGGAUGUGUUUCAAAGCUAAGUGAAAGCGCUGAUUUUCUGUGGCUUUUUGCUGACCAUUGCUGAUUCAUAGCCAUCAAGUUUUUCUGUUUGGUCACUGUAUGUUCCCGUGUGAUCAAUACUGAAUCCUAGCUUAUUAGUGGUUCUUUUUCAUUUUCAGUGUACAGUGCCAACAGCCUUUAAUCAAGUGGUCUGUGUGUGACAGUUGCAUUUGUUCAGUUUUUUGGUCCAGUUUAAAAUUUCUUGGUGCAAAAGUAGCAUGUUUUUAUGAUGGAGUCAAAUGGUGAGUUUUUAAGGACUGCCGUGCAAAAAGAUUUUUUCUUAAACUCUGGUAACUGCUUGUUAUGUUCAUAUGCUUCAAAUCAGUUCUUUUGAUGAUGUUCAAAAGACAUCAUUCACAAACAUUAUGACUUGAGUGUCCGUCAUUUACAAUCAUGUCCCUGGUAACAGGGGCUCAUUUUCUUCUGUGCUGUGCUUGAUUGCCUGUACCACCCUGUCAUUGUGUGCAAUCUCCCUUAAGUCCAAACAGAAAAAUCAGCAGUGGAUUUACAUUGCAGUAGAAUAAAGUGUACUGUGGAUGUGCUUCUCUAGGGGCCCUGUCCACU